CCUCAACUUCAAUUCCCGCAGUGAAAGUCAACAAAGAAAUUUCAACCUCGACCGAAUUUGAAAAACACAGCCGAAUGAAUGUACUGGAUAUGCCAUCUUGGCACACAUUCAAGAUGAAAUCCGCACUCGUCGCUUUAUGCUCUUUGCUUCUUCCAAGUCUGGCUUACGCAGCUGACGGAAAUCUCACCAUCACCUUCUUCCCCAGCAGUACCGUCAACAACACAUCCAAAUCCUCCAACCCCACCUGUCCCUCGGCCGACAACCCCCAAUCAUCCGCCCUCACCCUAACCACAGCCUCAACCCCCUACACCUACACCUGCUUCAACCUCUCCAGCAUCUUCUCCCCACCCAACGGCUCGCAACCACUCACCUCAGUUUUCAUCCCCAUCAACGGCUAUCAACCCGGCCAAGGCGCCUCCAACAUAACCCCCUACCCCGGACAAACCCUCGUCCUCGGCGCAAACUACACGAUCCUCACCCCACCCACCUUCUACUCCCCAUCCAACAACUACACCACGGUACAAAUCUCCCUCAGCAACCUCACCAGCGAGCAAGCCAUCCCAGGCAAGGCGUCAGGUCGUAGAAUCAACGUGUAUUCGCUGCCGGACUGCCAGCAGGUGAGUAGCGAGAAUGGAGGGAACGAUCCGUAUGAGGCGCAUCCGUGGUAUUUGAAGAGCUGUCAGACGGAUGAGAGUGGGGAUUGUAGGGUUGUGGAGAAGGGGAUACUGAGUUUUUCAAUUCAGGAGGAUGGGACGGGGAGGAAGUGUGAUCAGUGGGCGUUCUUGGGAGCUGGGUUGGGGAUGGGAGAGGGGAGAUUGGGUGUGAGGUGGUUGGUGGGAGUGGUGGGAAUGGUUGUGGGGUGGAUUAUGUUGUGAGGUGGAAUGGAUAGAGAUUUGCUCUACUCUGCUAAGACUUUGCUGCUAGAAGGAUUUUGGAGUCGGAAGAAGGCCAAGUUUGGUACCCGCGGUUCUCUUUUUCUUGCUCCCCGUAAUCUAUACAGGCGACAACAACUCUCAGCAGGACCUAUCUGUGAUGCUUCUCUGCACUAUUCUGUAUUUCCUCUAUAAAUCUCAUAGCAUUCACAUUAAAUACCCAUUCAGCUUCAAC